AUGAUUAGAUUUUUACAAAUGGCCCAAAAUCCAGUACAGCAAUUGGAGCUUAUCACGGAACUUUUAGGAACCCCUUCAUUGGAGGAUAUGAAGUACGCCUGCGAAGGAGCCAAGACGCAUAUGCUCAGGAGAGCGCCCAAGCCCCCCUGCUUGUCGGCGCUGUACACUCUCUCCUCGCAAGCUACGCAUGAAGUUGUACAUCUGCUGUGCCAGAUGUUGGUUUUCGACCCGGACAAGCGAAUUACGGUAGUAGACGCACUAGCACAUCCGUACCUAGACGAAGGUAGGUUGAGGUACCACUCGUGCAUGUGCAAAUGCUGCUACACGACGGCUACCGGAAUGCGGCAAUACACUUCCGAGUUUGAAAACACCGCUCCGCAGCCUUUCGACGACCACUGGGAACGGAAACUAACAGCGGUGCAACAGGUUAAAGAAGAAAUGCACAAGUUCAUUGCGGAGCAACUGAAUACCAGUAGGGUACCGCUUUGUAUCAAUCCCCAAUCUGCGGCGUUCAAGAGUUUCGCCAGCUCUACUGUGGCGCACCCUUCAGAAUUGCCACCUUCCCCUCAUCAGUGGGACUGACCCUGGGCGAAAUCUGUUCACAGAUAACGCCAGUCACCGUCAAACAUUUCCCUCUAAAUUUCUUGUAUUUUUGUUCAACUUAAACAUUGUAAAGUGAUUUUCAUAAAGGAAAUUCAUAGUAAGAAUUCCAAGAAGAUUUUAGAUAUAAUAUCUAAAUUUGUUCUUUUCGUACAGUUUUAGUCCGAGGAUGGUAUAAAGCAACCUAAAACAAAAAUAUAAAAUGAAUCUUUCGUUACCUUUGUGCGCGUGCAUUGUUUUGAUUCGAGAUAUACAGGGUGGUCCGAAUUGUAAUCGGAAAACUGUGUCAACAUAUGCUGCAGAUAAAAAUAAGUAAAACAAGUGUGUAUACAUGCAUGUUCUUAAAUGCUUUCUUUCGAAUAUACAGGGUGUAGAACGUCGACAUUUAGAUGAAAAUUGGUAUCUGGGCGUUUUUUGACAUGAGAAAUUCGAUUUUGAUUUUAAUAUCACUCCUACUUGUACUACCUAUAUAUUUUUAACCGAUUUGAAGAGUACUUUUUGUCCGUAUUACACUAUUGAGAGAAAAAUAUACAUUUUCGUCGUUUUUAAAAAUGGUCUCUUGGUAAAAAUCGCGAUGAGCAAGAUGUUUGGAAUCUAAAUAAUCAAUACAUGUCAUCAUUGACAAAAAUUGAACAUGUUGACUAGAUAAAGUAAUAAAUUUGGAAAUGUUUUUAUGACCAAGGUUCAACAGAAACUGUUUUAUCAUAAAUUUUGAAAAUUAUAUUUACGUGUUCAAAUUUAGUUACUAUCUAGUAAAUAUAUUUAAUUUUUUUAAUUAAUUUAAAGACCGUUUUAACAUAAAAUAGAGAGAAAAUGUUUAUUUUUUCUUCAGUAGUGUAAUAAUUCAAGUACGUACCGAAAAGUUAUUACUCUUCAAAACAGUUAUGAAAUAUGUAGGUGGUGCCCCCUACAAGUAAGAGAAAUUUACAUCGAAUGACUUCGAAUUCAUGAAUGAACGAAUUCGAAUUUUACACAUCAAAAAACACAUACAUCAAUUUUCAUCCAAAUAUCUACGUUAGUUCAGAAAUUAUUUGAAAAAAAAAGAAAAACGAAGCAAAAAUUAAACUUCUAUGCCUUCUAUUACUCUUUAUCUACUCAUUUUUAUCUGCAGAAUAUGUUUACGGGUUACAAUUCGGACCCCCUUGUUAUACUGACGAUGUUUCCACCAAAAAUGAAACAUAACAAAAUAAAUAGAACCUAUUUAAUGCUGAAAAUAUAUUUGUAAAAUAUAAAGGUAUCGAAAAAUUAACAAAAAGAUCAUACAACUUUUAGGAUAUGGUAUUAAACUUAUGAAAUAAUCAGUUGAGGUCUCUAUAUAAUCUAGGUUAUAUUAGAAUGUAAGACGCGCAACUAAGAAAACACCAAAUACUUGUCAGGGAUGCUAUGCAAAUGUAAGGAAGAAAGAGACAAUCGCGCAGCAACUUUUUUUAGUGUGUGUUAUAUGUAUACUUUACUUGCUCAUUUUAAUUAUGUAUUUAGCUGGUGUAGUUCGUAAACAAAAAAAAAUACCUGUUCGCCACCUUAGGAAUUAAGCAUUUUUAAUUGUAAAAAAUUGUGGAAAAGCAACGGACUCAAUUUUAUGUUUAGUCGGCCAUUUAGACGAUGCCGCAGAUCACACAUUUCUUCCUUUUAGGUGGGGACUGUUGUACGUUUCUGUUUGAAAAUUGUGCCUUUGCUUUUCAAAGUUGCUAAAUGUUACUUACAAAAGCGAUCUUAAAACAGAUUGAAAAAAAAAAUCAAAAAAUUACUACUAAACAUAGGAAAAGCGCCUAAAUCAGUGUACAUUUAAUUGUAUAAUUUGAAAGUGUAAUUGGUUAGUUAGUGGUGUAACGAAUUGUAGAUAAUGUGUGUACAGAUAUCACUGCCUUGAGUAGUCUAGAUAGAAACGAAGUAUAUUUUAGUUCCAUAAGACUGGCAGGUUAUUCCUGUUGAGGCAGUUCUUCAACUUUCAGCUAAUCUUUGUUUUACGAAAUCAUUUAUAUCUUUUGUUAUUAUAAUUUAUAUCAGAUACAGCUGCAAUAUUUCGACUCACAACCUAGUCUGUUUCUUAUGAAAUAUAUCUGAAAAUUGUUUUAUUUCAAGUUCAAAAUAUUUUCUAAUUUUAUAUAUAAAUCACGCCAUUAACAAUUUUGUUUGUUUUGUUAUAUCUCUUAAAAAAUGUUAAUCUUAUAUUUCUCUCUCAUUCGUCUUCUUUCAUUUUUUUCUUUCUGCUUUUUUCUUAAGCUUUUUAUGUUGUGUAGAGUAACAAUGUAAAAAUUGUCUUUAUUAUCAUCACAUUUUAUUGUUACACAAAUUUAAAGAAACAAAGGAGAAAAUAAAAAUUGAGAAUUAAUUUAAUGCAUCAAACCAAAAAAUGAUAAAUUGUUAUUUUUAAUAAUGUUUCAAUGUUGAAUAUAAAAUAUUGUUAAAAAAUACUUGUUAAUUAAUGGUGUGAUUGUAAAUAAAAUAGUAUACAAAAGGAAGAAAGUUUUCAUUACUGUCUUGAGUCUUGAGAUUUAGUAAGUCUCUUGAUAAUAAUGCAACACUUCCUUACUCGGUAUGUAAUGUUACCUAAAAAAUGAAAGACGAUUAUCGAAAAAGGGACUCAUGAAGUUCAUAGUGGCGGUUGAAUGGAGAAUAUUGCAGCUAGAUAUCGUACACGUUUUAAACUUAAAAAUAAUAAUAAAUCUUAAUUCUUUUGACUCACAGAUCAAUUUCGGACUUUAUGUUUAAAAUUGUGAAGAACUGCUUGAUAAAAUGCACCAAGCAUUGCUGAUCUUGGUAGUUAGUGUUUAAGGAAUUUUAUUUUAAGGAUUAAGACUGUGAAUAAUAGCUACUAAAACAUGUAUAAUGUGCAGCUCUAUUUCAGAACCCGUAUAGUAAAAAAAUUAAAAAAAUGAAGAUUGCCAACUUCACAUGUAGUUUAGUGUAUUAAGUGUGGUUUAUAAGUGUGCAAUGAGAUAAAUAGAGACUGUGAACAACUGUAACAAUUAUAUUUUAAGUAGCCAAUUUUUUAAUCAUUCUUUUAAUUUUAAUUGUAUAUAUUUUGUCUAUGUAUUUAGUAAAAUUUACUUUAGGCUCCAAUUUUUAUUUAGGUCACAGUUUAGGUUUUAAAAAUUGUAUUGAUGGAGUAAUGCGUGUUAGCAAGGAAACUAAUAAUUGUGAUAUUAACUUUUUAAUUUUUCUUGAAAUUGGACUAUGUACAAAAUGCAGAUAAUACAUUAUCAUAUUUUUCUGGUGCAGUGAAUAUAAAAUAAAAACGUUUCUUGCUAACAACUAAUAGGUGGUAUUUAAUAAAGAUUUUUUUGAAAUUCCGGGAUUGCCUUAAUUUUGCUAGAUGGUUACUAAUUACUGGCAAAUUCGACUACAACAUAAUGUACCAAUAUCUCGUAUAUGGUACUGACUUUAUGUAUAUAUUUGGGUACUGAUUUACUCAGUUUAGAUUAAUAAGUAACUUUAAUUUCUUUCAUAAUAAUCCGAUUAAAUUAACGAUAUCUGUGCGUUAUUAAAUAAUAUAUCAACAUAGAAAUUUAAUGAACACUGAAGUAAUGAAGAGAUUUUGAAUUUAAAUACUUUUGGAUCCGUUAGAACAGCAUUUUGGUAUUUUUAUGGUAGAAGUAAAUGAUAUAUCUAAAAGUAACACACAGAUGUUGCCACUUUGAAGAACACUUUUUUUUGGUUCAGUCAUUCUUAAGAUUUUGUAAUUAUAUUCCAAUGAAUUUUCCAGCGAUCUCAGUAACAUACAUGUAAAUAUUUGAAGUAAUUUCAUACUUUUUUCAAUUAAUGGUCAGUUAAUAAUUUACUUCGUAAGUAACCUAUAUGGAAAUAAACAACACAA